AGAAGUAAAUUUUUAUUAUUAAAUAAUAUCAGUGAUUUGAUUAAAUAUUCUACUUUGCAUAAGAAGUCUAUUUAAGUACGUAUUUCGGCGGACUUUUUUUUUUUUUUUUUUUUUUGGCGGACCUUUAUUUUGAUUUUCUGUUUUGUGUUAUUGUUGUGACGCCAGAGGCGCUGCGUCAUAUGGCUCAAGCUCGAGUAUGCGGAAGGACUGAUUUGUGCUUUUUGUACGCUUCUGCAUUGGUUGCAUAUAAAGCUGCACGAAACUUUUGACAUGGUUUAAAGUUUGUUAUGUGGUAGUAACGAGAAAUGAUUGUAGAUCAUUGAAUGUAGUAUUGUACAGCUUUAUGUGAAGUGCUAAUAGAAGAUUUCUCGCGAAUGGCGAGAUACAUUCUUGAUAUACUCUUGAAAAGAUGGAGUUUGUUAAAGAUAAGAGUGAAGACAUGAGUGAUCCAGAAGCAUGCAGAAUAAAAGAUGAAGAUACUGAGGAACAAAGAGACCUGGUGGAAGUGAAAGAGGAAAGUGAAGAACAGAAUGAAAUGGAGGAGAAACAGCGGUUUCAGAAACCUAAUCAUUUCAUAAUUGGAGAAAAAUCUUGUAGUUGCUCCCAGACUGAAAAGAAUUUUUCACCAGAAAGAACGGAACCUAAAUAUUGCUUCACCUGCCCACAAUGUGGAAAGAGUUUCACAUGUAAACGAGACCUUAAGAGGCACAUAAGAAUUCAUACUGGAGAGAAGCCGUUCACAUGCUCUCAGUGCGGAAAGUGUUUCGCAAAUUCAGGAGACCUUAAGAGGCACUUGCGAAUUCACUCUGGCGAGAGGCCUUUUACCUGCCCUCAGUGCGGAAAGAGUUUCACGCAAAAGGAAGGUCUUAAAGAACACACCAAAAUUCACACGGGAGAGAAGCCUUUUGCAUGCAUGUUGUGUGGGAAGAGUUUCACACAUCAAAAUAGCCUGAAAAGGCACAUGAAGGUUCACUCUGGAGAGAAAUUACACCAGUGCUCUGAGUGUGGCAGGAGAUUUUCAGAGGCAUGCAAUCUCAAAACUCACCUGCUGUCUCACACUGGAGAAAGACCAUUUAACUGUGAGCGGUGUGAUAAAAAGUUUUUUUUGGCCGUACACUUAAAGACACACAUGAGGAUUCAUGAAGAUGAAACACGUUACGUAUGUUCUUUUUGUGGGAAGAGUUUUUUGUGGCUUAACGGGUUUAAAGACCAUCAGAAAACACAUAUUGGUGAGAAACCCUACGUGUGUUUGGAAUGUGGAAGUACUUUUAUUAGAGCUGGUGAACUUAAAGUGCAUGAACGAAUCCAUACUGGAGAAAAACCUUACAAGUGUUCACAUUGUGAGAAGAGUUUCACAGUUUCAGGAGCCUUGAAAGUACAUGAGCGAGUUCAUACUGGAGAGAAGCCGUACCUCUGCCCUUCAUGUGGAAAAACUUUCAGUCGAUAUGGAAAUCUAGGGAAACAUUUAAAAAAGGCUUGCCCAAAGUUGAGAAACUAAGCAAGGUUCACAUUCAGGUAUAAGCCUGUCAUGAUUAAUUGAAAUUGCUUUCAUUGUUCACUUUACAUUUUCAUCUGUGGAUUAGUAUCGGACGAUAUUUGUCUUUUUUUUUUUUUUGGCUGCUAGGUGUCGGAAUCAAGACAUUUAUUUUGACAGCACUGAUAAUCACAGGAUCACCCAUUUUCUGUUUGCUUUCUUUGUUUAACAGUUCUGUCUAAUAAUUUUUUCAUGAAAUAUUGACAGGAGAGUUCAACUUGCCAUGUAAACAAACAUGGUGGUGCACAAAGCCCGUGAGCUAUAACUUGCCUAACAUGGUUGUUAUAAAAGUAAGUAAACCAUAUAAUAAAUGUACUUGCACAUAUUUGGGAAUCAGAAUAUCACAUUUUUUACAAUCUAGUUAACAAUAAUUUGAAUAAUGAGUAAAAACUAAGAAAUAAAACCAAUACAUCAUUCAUACAGCAGGAUGUGUCACAAGCUUGAUACAUUGCUAUGGAAAUAGAAAUGUGAUGCUAGAAAUGUAUCUUGUUUCCCUCUAUCAAAACAAUUGAAUACAACACACCUCUCUGAGUGCCAAAAACAAACAUUUUUCUGAAGUUUACAUGUCUGUAAUUCAUAAAGUGUUAUAGAUAUUUUAAUGUAAUUUUAGAUUCUUGUUCUUAUGAAACUUUUCUUUAUUUUUAAGGCCCUAUAUGGUUCAAUGUCAUAGAUAUAGGGAUGCCAAUGCGGUAACGUGUAAUUAUGAUACUACAUAUUUGAACUCUUGUUAGCUUCAGAAGCUGUUAAAAUGAACAAAAUCCCAUCUUCAAAAUAUCCAUAAAACUGAUUCUUAUAAAGAUUUGUAUAAAUACACUUUUUGGAGUAAGUUAAUGUGCCUCAACUUAACCAUUUUUCAGUUUUCAGUCACUGAAAAUGAGUACCAUUCAACAAUUUGAACAUGGAGCUGCUUUGAGAUCCCCAUAUCUAUUGGACUAAACUAUAGGGCCUUGAAAAUGUAGAUUUCAAAAGGAAAGUUUAUUAAAAAUGAGAAUCUAGAAGGAUAUUAAGAUAUCCUGAAUUCUUUUAGAGUUACAGGCAUGCAAACUUUGGAAAGUAAAUAUUUAUGGCAUCAGACAGGUAUGUUCUAUGCAACUGAGCUGAUAGAAAAACACAAGAUACAUUCCUAGUUUCAAAAUUAUUUGUUCUUUAGAUAUUCCUCUUUAAAAGAAAAAAGUAUCAGCUGUAUGCAAAAUGACCGACAUUUGGUUUUUGACCACUGAAAAUGUGUACAAUUUACCAAUUUACUCAUGGAGCCACAUUAAGAUCUCCAUAUCUUUGGGACUGAACCUUCAGAGGCCUUAUAAAAUGAAGAUACCAAAAGGAAAGUUUGUUAAAACCAGAAUCUAAAAGGAUAUUAAGCUAUCUUUAAUACUUAUUGAGUUACAGGCAUGCAAACUUAAAGGGAUAGUUCACCCAAAAAUGAAAAUUAUCCCAUGAUUUACUCACCGUCAAGCCAUCCUAGCUGUAUAUGAAUAUCUUCUUUCAGAUGAACACAAUCAGAGAUAUAUUUAAAAAUAUCCUUAGUCCUUCAAGGUUUAUAAUGGUUGUGAAUGGGGGCAUGCAUUUUGAACAAAAAAAACAAAAAAAAAAUGCAUCCAUCCAUAAUCAAAUUAAUCCAUACGGCUUCAGUGGGUUUUUGUUCAAAAUGCGUGCCCCCAUUCACAACCAUUAUAAACCUUGGAGGAUAAAGGAUAUUUUUAAAAAAUAUCUACGAUUGUGUUUGUCUGAAAGAAGAUAGUCAUGUACACCUAGGAUGGCUUAAGGGUGAAUAAAUCAUGGGAUAAAUUUCAUUUUUGGGUGAACUAUCCAUUUAAGGCAAAAAACACAAGUGCUUUUUGCCAUGUCUUUGUACAGAAAAAAUAUUAACAAAAUCAAAAAUGUGAGCUGGGGAAGUUUCGGAAAUUUGGUUGAUUUGACAUGGAAUGACCCUAUAGUGAAUGUAACCAUGUAGGCCAGUGGUUCCUAAACUGGGGUAUGCGAACAAAAUGCUGAGUUUUGCCGUUCAUUUUCCCCACCUUAAAAUAACAUUAAAAUUGAGCAUGUAUUUCUAAGGCAAAAUGCCACUAGUGUAAAAACAGGAAAAUAUUUGCACUGUAAAAGGUCAAACAUGACAUCCAAUCAAAUGACCUCAUCUUUGCGGUCAAAACUGAUUGUGUCCACACAAGCAGCGUGCAGAGUAUGCCUUAACAAAUCGCGCGACAUUACUUCCAUUCUCAACAAUGUACCUUUGUAAAUGCGGGAUUUAAGCACUUUCUAGCAUGACAGGUAUAGACAGUCUGUGCAUAGAGAUUGAUUUAUGACUAAAACUCUCUUACCCUGUGUGAGUUCUUAUUUUUAAUGUUGAUAAUAUAGCUAAUAUACAAGCAAGAAUGCAAUUUUUCCAGUAUAUCAACACAUUGGCAAAUGUGACAUUGACUUUAUACAAACAAAAAGGUAACUAAUAUUAAGUAAUGUACAUUUUAAACACAGUAUUGUUUGUCAGCAUUGUUUGCUCUAAUUUGCAAUAAAAGAAGAGUUCUCACGAAAGCCAAAGCAGAACUGUUGUGUGUCUCCAAGCAACACACAGCGGUGUUUCAUUAGUGAAUGCAUGUGUGGCUUUGAAUGGAUCAGGGUCAAUGAUUCAAUGACCUAUUCAUAAAUACAGCCACUUGUCACCAUCUACUGGCAGUUUUAGUUUGAUAUUUAAAAGUGUCGCUUUGUCUUUACCAUCAUUUCAUAUUUCUCUAUUGAGAAUUUUUUUAUAAUUUAAAACAUUAUCUUAUAACAUUAUUUGUGCCAUUGUAAUUGCAUUCAGGCCACCUUUGAAAUGGUGCGAUGUUAUGCAAAAGGCACGAAAACAACUAAUAUUGUGUGAAAACUGAAAUUAUCGGACUAUCAUAUGAUUUGUGAGUAAUUUACAGCACAAGAACUCGGUCAGAUAAAGGCUUAUUAAGGAAAGUUUGGGUAUUUGAGACUGCUGGUGUCUCUGGAGUCUGGAGAACCUCUCCAUGCAGGCUGGCAGUUAUGCGUAAAGUUGCAUUUCAUCCACCUCUAACCAGUGCAAAGAUAGCUUUUGUUGAUAAUGAUUUCAUUUGAAUGAAAUUAUUGAUUUUGUUUAAUUUAUUGCUUUAUUUAUUAUCUUAAUUAAAUUAAUGGAAUUUUAAGAAUUUGACAUAAAACAUGACACAUACUACAUUUAAUAGGGUUAGAAAAACUUUAGAAAAAAUCCACCCGAAAAUUAUUUUAAGGGGGCAAAUAUUGUCCCUCAAUUGAAAAGGUGUGAAUGCAGUCUAAAUGGAAGAGAGGAGGUACGCAAAAGGAUGUUAAAUGCCUCAGGGGUAUGCAGCUCUAAAAAAUUUGGGAACCACUGGUGUAGGCUAUGCUAUAUAUUAUAUGCAAAAAAAAGUUACAUUACAUUCUAACAUUGUAACAACUUUACAAUCUAAAAACAAAAGUAAAGCAGUUACUUAGUUAAAAUCACUUAUUAAAAAUGAAAAUAAAUAUAAAAACAAAAGCACAGACUAAAUGUUAACUGGUAAGAGGAGCACACAUUCACUCAUCUGGGCUUUGUAAUUCUAGCCUAUAUGAUUACCCCAUUACAAUAGUCAAUUUACAAUUACUGCUAUAAUAAAAUUACACUUAUUUGUAGGUUUAAAAUUCUACAUAUGGCACAUUUUAUGUCCAACAACAAACAUUUUAGCAAAAUGUAAUAUAUUUUAGACAGAAUUAUGGCUCUCCAUCUGUUUGGCGCUCAUUCAAUGAAGUCUGUGAAGUUUAGCAGAGACUUUAUUGCAUAAGGCUCAUCUUCAGAGGCAGCAUAACAGUUUAAUGAUAUACAACAAAAUAGAGAGAGCUUUGGUGAUAAUUAAGUGAACAUUUAAUUACUACAAAAGUAAUUUCUCACUAGAAUGAGGUCAAAAUGUAUAUUUACACAUUUUUAGCUCAACUGUCAGAGAAGUGAAAAUGAACAGGUUUUUGGGAUAUUAUAGGCAGUGUAAGAUGCUGCCUUCAAAAAUUGAUCAGACUAAGGUAUCUCAGUAAACAGGGUGUGCCACGAUCAUUUGAUUCAUGACAUACCUUGUUGCUCUCCUACCUCCAUACACUGCCUGCAGAGGCAGCAUUUUUCAGCUUUUGACCGUAGCCUUAAGCCCAUUUCACACUGCACCAACAGACACGACCAACUCGGACAAUCACCAGAUUACAAUAUGUCACUUCUCAGACAAUCCACGACCCAACAAAUGCUGAUUCAACAUGUUCAAUUGGCAAAAAUGAGCACCUACCAAGGCCAACAGACCAACAGAUGUGUCUGUUGCCAUUGGUCAGCUUCUGACAGUGUUAACUGGCCUGUAGAUGCUAUUCUGAAUGGAUGAUUUUUUUUUUAGAAUUUCAAUCGGUGCUGAUGUGGCCCAGGCAGAAACUGAAAUUGAUGCCCGUCCUAAAGUAUAACUGCGCCCUUAGGGGAAAUGAAACCAACUACGGACUCUGAUACAGGACUAUGCCUACAUGGAUAGGUCACCCAAAAAAUUCAAAUUCUGUCAUCAAUUACUCCCCCUCAAGCUGUUACAAACCUGUAUAAAUUUCAUUGUUUUGCUGUACACAAAUGAAGAUAUUUCAAAAGCAAGAGAUGGAAACUUGAGUCUUAAGUCGGAGGAAAAAAAAAAAGGCUUGUGACUUGACUUGGACUCGUGAACAGCUCACUCGAGACUUGACAUGGACUUAAAGACAGAAAAACACAAGUCAUUUUGGUACAACAUUUCCGAAAAUUAUGAGCUUCUUGAACAUCAUGAUCAGUAAGACGUCACAAACAGCAGAUUUUAUCUUUUAAACCAAAAUCAGGCUGACGAAUAUUGGGCAUACCAUAAUACUAAAUGUGAGACUAAAUGGGCAUCAGUGAUGUAACAGUUCUGGCCUCAGCCUCACUGCAUUGUACUGGGGUUUUGUGUGUGGAUAAUGCAAGUGUAUAAUAAAAACCAUGCAAUGCUGAUAAAUCUUUGCCUUUAUUUUGGAUGUUGUAACUUUUACAAUCAAAAGUGUUAAGUCUGAUGAUUCAUAUAUGAAACAUUAUUUGUGUGAUGAAGUGUUAUAACUAAUAAAUAUGAAAUAUAAUUUGUGUGAACAUGCGUUAUAUCCAGUGAAUAAAUAAAUAAUAUCACUUGUC